GGAGCGCGCCGCUCGCUCGUCAGUCGCUCGCCGCGCUCUUCUGUGGAUGCAAGACAGUCCAGACACAUCAAACAAACCCAAACAAUGACAUUAUCUGCAACGACAAGACAGAUACACACGAUUAUCUGACUAACUGAACCCAUCUCGCGCCUCUUUCUGCUCGCCGUUUGCCGCCUCAGUCCAGCCCUGCGCCCAGAGGCAAGUGUGGGACCAUGAUGCUCAGCAGCUCCGUGGACGUACCCAGCCCCGGCGGGAUGAGCGCGGUGGCGGCCCGGAACGUGGUUCGCAGUUCCAGCAUCAGCGGGGCCAUGUACAGCCUGGAGAAGAGCCCCAGCAGCACGGGGCCCGACGCCACGGGCCUGGCCGGAAACAAGAAACGCCGCUCCAGCCUGGGAGCCAAGAUGGUGGCCAUCGUGGGUCUGUCGCAGUGGAGCAAGAGCACACUGCAGCUCAACCAGCAAGAUGGUGGAACAAAGAAGCUGCGCAGCACCAUCCGGCGGAGCACAGAGACGGGCAUCGCAGUGGAGAUGAGGAACCGUGUCACACGGCAGGGCAGUAAGGACUCAACAGAUGGCAGCACCAACAGCAACAGCUCUGAUGGGACCUUCAUCUUCCCCACCACUCGCCUAGGCCCUGAGAGCCAGUUCAGCGACUUCCUGGACGGUCUGGGUCCCGCUCAGAUAGUGGGGCGGCAGACAUUAGCCACACCGCCGAUGGGCGAUGUUUACAUCGGUGUGGUGGAUAGAGGGGGUCAGUUAGAGGUCGAGAUCACGCAGGCCCGAAGUCUGACCCCUAAACCAGGCUCAAAGAACAUUCCAGCAACGUACGUAAAGGUUUACGUCUUGGAGAACGGAAUGUGUCUGGCUAAGAAGAAAACCAAAGUGGUGAAGAAAACCCUGGAUCCAACCUUCCAGCAGUCCCUGAUGUUUGACGAGAGCCCGCAGGGGAAAGUGCUGCAGGUGAUCGUGUGGGGCGAUUACGGCCGCAUGGACAGCAAGUGUUUCAUGGGAAUGGCUCAGAUCCUGCUGGAUGACUUGGAUCUGUCUUCGAUGGUGGGCGGCUGGUACAAGCUCUUCCCCACCUCCUCUCUGGCGGACCCCUGCAUCGGGCCCCUGACGCGCCGGCUCUCCCAGUCCUCCCUCGAGAGCGCCACCAGCCCCUCGUGCACCUAGAAACCCCCACGUCCCCUCCUAAAUAUGCCCGUCUCCUCUAUCUCUACGUGUGUAUCUUUGUUCAAUAUACCCCGUCACUGACCCCAAGCGCAUGAACACACACACCCUGAUAGAUACGGCCAACUCGCCCGGGGCUGGAACGCUCCUCUUUACCGAUACAGAUAUUAAGAGUUGGAUACAAAUCAGGCGUGACACAUAGAACACACACACACACACACACACCCUCGCAGAUGGAUAUGGGUGUAACCAGCAACACGGGGCCGUAGGGUGGUGAAAAAGCAGCCACAGCUAGUUACAUACAGAUCCACUGUCAACCAAUAGGGCAUUUAAUAAACCCGCCGAGAAAUAUUCCUGACAAUGUAGCAUUCGUGUCGACGUCACACAGGAAGAAGAAUGGGUUCUCCAAGACUAGUAGUUUCCCCCCCCCCCGAGGGUCAGUCAUUUCUCUAUGCCAAAACCCGAACAAAGUUUUAUUUUUUAAAAACCAAAGCAAUUCUUAUUAUCUGUAGUGUUAUAUUAUAGAGUAUGGAUAUGUAGCAGAGUCAGAUGCAAAAAAACUGAGACGUGUUAGAAGAACUCGCAAGGUGCGGUCACGCUGACGGGAUUUUGUCGGCAGGGGAAUCCAUUUCCGGUUGCCGAUGGUGUAGCGAUGUAUUGAGUCACUUUCAUAGCACGCAACUUUUGGCGCAUGACCAGCUUGAAGACGAGCGGAGCCUGCGUCGCGAAAUGGAUUCCUAUAAAAGCGACUAGAAUCCGUCUGUAAAAUUUCGGUAAGCGUGAUCGUGCCUCUAGACUACAUACACUAUUAAACGUUUAAAGGGCAGGGCUUUACUCCACAUGUCAGGUUAUUUAUUAGAAAUGCACACGAUUCCUGUCGCAUAAAGUAGCGUAUACUUUUUCUUUCGCGUUUUCAGAGAGCUGAAUAAAUAAAUAUAUAGAUCGAUAUUUGUGUUUAUGUAUCUAUCGACUGCAUUCUGCACGUUAACUCGCGAAAUAUGUAAAGUGCUAUUUUAAGCUUGCCUUUAAAAUUACGUGGACUUAUAGACUGUAGGUUAUUUAUUUUGCUAAUGUUUCGAUCUCACUUUUUGUCUGAACAACACAACUUGCACCGAGCCGCAGACGCGGUCGAGGGAAUCGAACCAACUGUCCUGUUAAACCAGCAACCCUCAUACACAGCUGCAUUGUGGGAUAGACCAAACGGUGUCCGCUGGAAAACAAGAAAACUUUUUUUGUAACAAGUAGCGAAGCUUUCUGAGAAGUUGGAGCCGCCGUUAGACUUUGCCGCCUCAAGUAGUUUUGGGUUUCUUUCUACCAGCAUUUGGAACUGUUAAAGGCCUUUCCCGUUACCUGUUACUCUCAGGAGGUCACGCUGAACAAAAAAAACCACACACACGCAACAAUAUGAGGACUGGUGAUGGGGUCGCUCUCUCAACAGGAUCUUGAAGCCCAAAUCAAAUGGUAUACUCCUGGACACUCUUUUUUUUUUGGUUUGUGAACCAUGUGACUAUUCCUGUCCAAUCAGCAGUCUUCUUUAGCUUCGCCUCUGAAGCUGAGUGGCUCUAGACGGUUUCUUCAGUCGAUCUUCUGUGUUAUGGAGACUUGCGGAAGGAAAGCAGCACUCUAGGAAAAAAAAAACGAAGUAUUCAUCCCGCUCCUCCUAGAUUGGUUUUCGUAGCUCCUCUGAAUAUAUCAGAAACAGAGAAGGCACUUUACAUAUCAUAGUAUCUCCGCACCGGUUUAUUCAUGUCAAAUCAGUCACGUCUUCUGCAGAGGAGAAGGCAUUUGUGACACUAUCAUUUAGUACCAGAACACCGUUUCAUUGAUAUGUUCCCGUAUGGAUCAUUUGCCGUUUGUAUAAUUCAAUCUGUUUAAACUCUCUUUGAUGGAAGCGCACAAACUCUAUCGUUUGGUUUUCUGGACAGUCCGCUUUUAAAGGCAGAUUAUGAGACCAUCGGCAAAACGUUUCAUCUGAUUUAUCAUUUUGAAUUGCAUGGGCGUUCGGAGGAUUUUAGCAUUGCGUUUUUGUACACGCUGUCGCAGAUGCACUGGUCAAGAUGUACAGCACAAAAUGUCCCCAUUCAUCUGGAUGUUCAUAAGAAAGUGUGCCUCGCAUCCCAUACUCUCGAAAUCCCUCGUUUUAAUUCUCCUCGGCCGUUCCAUCGAUGCACUUUACAUGCACACAUUUCAAUGCAUUUGGUAAGAUGUAGACACCAUAAAACCCUCAACUUUCAUAAUGAAUGGCCAUGCUCAAAUGUACAGAUUUAUCUCUAAAUCCUGAGGAACAUUUAGUCAUUGCUCGUGUCUUUAUUUAUCUUUUCCCUGUUCGUUUAGAUGUUUCAGUUCACAAAGAAGUUGUAUUUUUUACAUGAAUCAGGCGCCACAUUGCGCACACUAACUAUAUAUGAAUUUGAAUGGUUUCUGUAAGGCCAAAAGUAUAAGUUGGACCAAACAAAUGGGGCUUUACACUUUCUUACUUUCAUCCGAAACUGCAAAAUCUGUAUUUUUCUCCAUGCCAGAUUUAGCAUAUUUACAAAAUGCUACAUUUCAGCCCUUCUGCUAUCAUCUACGCGUAUCUCGCUUCUUUUGUAUUUGCACAAGUUCGAUUGUUUUCGCGCCAUUUCACUAACGUUAAAUUAGCAACAAAAAACAACUUCUUGAUUCUAACUUAAGAUGAAAUCGUAUCUCUUUACUGAAAACCAAUUGUAUUUGCAGCUGAAUGUUUGUCCUUGGUAAACACAUAUGAAAUGACUAUUAGAUAUUGAUAUUUUUUCUAUGUGAUUUUACGUACUUGGAAAUUUGGGAUAAUAUACGUGUCCCUUUACUGUACAAUGAAGUAGUUACAAAAUCUUACCGGUCUUGCAUUUUCGCAAAAUGAAAAGAGUCUGAAUGCAUGAAUAUUUGUACCGUACUGCUCUAUUUUUUCAGGUGUAGUGGAUGGAUGUAGUUUGUUGCGGUCCAUAGCUAAACCAAAUGCAACAUUCACAAAAAAAACAAAACAAAACAAAAAAAACUAUUAGGUUUGCCGCUUCCAGGUUUGGAUGCGUUUUGAUAUUUUACCACGGAAUGAGAACGAUCAGAUCUGUUUUGUUCUGACAGUUAUCGGAUACAGCUAACAAACGCUUCUGUGAUGUGUUGAUAAUCUGUAAAUACAAAUCUUUUGAGUAUGAUGUUGUAACUUUUGACCAGGAUACCAGAAAAAGUGGCCGGCAUCUGGUUUGUUUAAAUGCUCGGUGUUGAACUACAUCACGCUCUUCUGUGCGAGACCACUUCAUGCUUUUCAGUUCAUACUUGGCGAGGUCUGAAGGGUCUUCUUGGCGGUUUGGUGGCAUGUGAGGUUGAUGUGUGAGUGUAAGUGACACCAGGCUGACUGGGGAAUGAUCUUAAUUCACUGAAUGCAGAUAGCAACGUGAUGUUACGAUGAAUAAACCUGAGAGGGAGCGUUUCUGUGUGGGCCAGAAAUCCUAGUGGAAACCGCUGGAGGUGUUCAACAGUAGAUUGUACAACUGAGAAUAAAAUUUUGCUUCGUCGGGUACUGUAUAAUGUAUAUAAAUGUUGACAGAUUGCUUUGAUUUCAAAUAGGAAUGUAAUCCCAUCUUUCUGGGCCAGUUAAAGGAAUAAUUCACCUCAAAUGAAAAUGUAGUCAUCCCCAGGCCAUCCAAGAUGAGGAUGAGUUUGUUUCUUGGAGAAACCCUGCUCAGCAACAGAUCCUCUGAGGAAAACAUCACUUCCAGUCCGUAUUUCUCUCCCGAUUCAGACAAAACAACGAGGACGGUUUGACGUUAAUGAAGGACAUGUUUCCUACAAACAUGCGUCUUUCAUCGCCACCAAGACGUUAAUCGAUGGAUUACUGCAACGUCAUUCUGACGGCACCCAUUCGCUAGAGUGUCCAAGGCUCCGAAACUGAAAACAAACUCAUCGACGUCUUGACUGGCCUGAGGCUGAAUUUUUUUUAUUUUUUCGGGGUGAGCUAAUAUUUUAAACCCUUGUGAAGUUUUGUUACGUUUGUGAAUGGAUAUAAAGACUUAACGAGGAUACAUUGAGCUUUUAUCUUAUUUUUGUAAAAUGACUUUAUCUUGCAGGGGUGGUUUGUUGGAUGAAAGGCAGUGGCUCGUUUAUUAUAAGGCUUGGACACGUUACCGAAAGCCUUUUCGCUUUGAUAAUGAUACUGAAGUAUCACUAACUUGAAUGUACGUAUUAAAUAUUUAAUGCUAUUGUAUCAUAAAGCAGAUUUGCUUCACAGCGUCCGAGGGGCAGAAUAACAUCUUUAGCCAGUAUAUGUGUUGAUGUUUAAAGGCUUACAUGAGCACAACAUCCAUCUGUUUGCUAUCACAAUUGAUUUGAGCAUUAGGUUUUGCUGUAAAGCUGUGGUAGACAUCAGGUAUUACUUGUGCCUACAGGUCAGAUCUAACAUUCAAUGCAUGCCGGUUUUUAGUCAUUCGCAUUAUUGAGAUUUGUAAAACGAUCCGGAGAAAGCAUUGUUUGUCUUCAUUUUCUCAAAGAGCCACGCAUUGUCUUUUUUUGUUAUCACACAUGAGCAAGACUUGGAAAAAACAUACAAAUUAUACGAUCACGAUUAUAUGGUUAACCUUGUCAUUUUGAGACCGUCUUCGGCAAUUGAUUUAUUUCGCGGUCAUUCGUAGUCUGUCUUCUCACCCAUGUAGCGAAGCUGUUAGCGGAUCCCGUCUUGUCACCAUUGAUCAGCCGUUCGUAUUAUUCACGUCACCGUGAGCAGCACAAGACACGGUCGAGACAUGUUCACCUCGGCAGAAGACAGGUCUUCGACUUUCGCGAGAGAUGUAGCUACUUUGAAAACGAUGUAACCCGCUUCAGUUUCGGUCUUGCACUUUUGGCGGAGCACGAUCAAAGAUUUAACGGAGCAAAAGCAGCCCCCAAAUCCUUUAGAAAACGAUUCGAGCUGACAGUGCGCCGCUGUUUCGGAAAAACAGAAUGGAGACGAGAGCUGUACGGGGGAAGCUGUAAUUUUAUACUUGUGCUUUGUAAAUGUUUUCUAUGUGCGGUAUUUGAUAAUGUAAAACUGGUAUUUUUGUGGUUUGUACGCUGCAGAAAUGAUUAUUUAAGGUGCACGCAGUUUUGUAAGAAAAGGUUGGGAAACUUUGAUAAAAAAAAAAAACCAAAAAUCAUUUUGACUGAAGCCUGUAUCUGCAUGCAUAUUGACUGCUGGAAGCUGGAGGUCAAUAAAUUUUAUUUGAAUCA